GAGUUCGUAUUCCCCGGGACUAUUGAAAUAUUCGUCCAAGCGUGUCAAUGGUUGAGAAUUGUAUGAGUCAACGGGUUGAGUAGCGUAAUUGGGUUCGAAAGUCAAUUACGUUCAACUAUAGAUAACGUAAAUAUCUAAUGUCAGUAAAUUCGGUUUGAAUCUGGUAAGCGUUUCAAGGUCUAAAAAGAGUCUAAGAAGAGUGACUUCCUGAUUUCGACUUCAGUCCAUUACAGCGAGAAAGUCAAUUCGAAAUUAAUAUCCUCCACUUAGCGAGUCGAGAGAUGUAAUUUAAAAUUCGAUAAUAAUCACGAAUACAUGCAAUACCAAUGAUAGAUUUAGAUUCAAUAAUUGAUUAGUAAUCGUGAAACAAUAUGGAACCGUAAUAACGAAAUGAAAUGAACGCCACUUAGACGUUGAAAGUAGAAUAAACACUCUCAACGAUACAGAUACAGAUAUUUUUUUCCAUAAGUAUUUUAUCUCCCGCAAGAAUUUUUUAAUUAUUCGCGUAAUUGUUAUAAAUAAUUAAAUCGAGAAUUAUUAGGGAAAACAAGGACCGUGCAUCUGGGGGACAUAUUCAAAAUUAAAAUAGUAACGCGUUUAUCGCGUCAUAUACGCGCGUUAAAUUCUCCCGUGUUCAUAUCAGCGCAUAUUUAUACGGGUACUUGAGCGAGUUCUUUGAAGCGAUUCACAAAUUCUCCAUAGAAGUAUCACCGAUUUAACUUGACCAUCUUGGAACAGUAAUUUGAUAUAAUCUACACACGUGUGGUUAACUAACUGCAGAAACUGAAAUUCUAAAAGAUGAACCUGAAAGUAUAACGGUGACAUCUUUUACAGGAGAGAAAAAAUACAGACAUUAGCGAAAAGAAGACAAAGGAACGCGUCUGUCAGAGGAAGAAACUUGCGUUUUCUCCACUUAUUUCCGGCUAAAUGAAAGUGGCCCUAUUAAACUGCAGAAAGCGUUUGCGUUAGGGCCAAACAUACAAUGAACUCGACAUUACCAGGGACAAUAAUUCGGAUAAUUGUAGCAUUCGCAUAGUGAGAUAGAAAACAAUGCUUUGGACGGUUGGCGAAUCUCAUGGAAAUGGUGGGAAAGCCGGGCUUAUAAAGUAAACAUAAUAAUGGUAAAAGUUGAUAAAGUCUCAUGUUUUCAACCAAAGACUUAGAGUAAAAUUUUUUCCCCGAUCCGGCAACGACGUCGUGUAAGAUUUGAACAUCGGUAUUUUUUAGUUUGAUUUUUAUUCGUAACAAUCUAUUGCAUCCGGAAUGAAAUAGCUGUACGCUAAUUUGUCUCAUUGUCAGUUUGUCUGGUAUGUCAAGGAAUUUCCACAAUAUAAGAGCCAAAAUUUAUAUUCAAUUUAAAUACAUGUUCAUAUAUUUUAAGAUUUUGUACAGUGUAAAUUUCAACCUAUCGAGUCUUCUAGAUCCUGGAGAUUUUAACGAAGAGAGUGGUCAUCAAUCUACAAUAUAUCGUAAAAAUGUUCAACUCCAUUCGAUUUCUCAUCCUCGUUGGAUUGAUUUCAUCAACAUGUUUUGCUUGGCCCCAAGAAAAAAAAUUCGAAAAAGAACGAGGGGUUCAGGUCGGUUCAAUGCUCGCAGAGGUUGCGAAAGAACUCAUCCAAAGAUCUUCGUCAAACAGUCAGGUACUCAGCUUGAAUUUAUCGAGUUUGCUCGUUCUCUUGGUGCUGAAGGCGGUCGUAUUUGGAGCUGGAUACAUGGGACAUCAUGGAUUCAAAGCCCGGGAGGUGGACGAAGAAUCUAUCGUUACCGAGAGUGAAAUAGCUUUGGCCCUCGGCUACCUUCUUGGAGAGAACUGCCUCUAUAGAGCAGCCUGUGAGGUUCCUCACAAAGCUAAGGAAUAUUUGGGAGCUGCAGAAAUGAUUUUACAAGCCAUUCGCUUUAUGCCAGAGUCUUUUAAAGUCGACACGAAUUACGUGAAGAUGGUAUCAGAGUUGAAAAAAGCAAUAGAAUACGGAACAGCAAAACAAUGUCCGCCGCAAUAUACCUGCAAGAAAGAGAAUAUUAAUAAUUUUCUCCAAAGUGCGUAACAUUAUUAGGUCUACGGAGAUUGUACGGUCAUCCUUGAUUAGAAAUAUGUUCAAUUGACGCAUCACUUCUCCGAUUU